AUGACAUCGCCAUAUCCCCAAUCGAAUCUGUUCUCGCCCUCAGACGUGGCUGCAGCACCAAACAGGUCUGUUUCUGACUUGCCGCAAGCUCAGGUGGACGCCAUCAUCCGCACGAAACGCAAGGCUCGUGAGCCCAAAGCCUGUUACCCAUGCCAUGCGCGCAAAGUGAAAUGCGAUCGGAAUCUUCCUUGUGAUGGAUGUGUCAAGCGUGACCAUGCGGAUCUUUGUUCCUACGAACGCCCCUCCAAGAAGCGCUCCCAGGCGUUCCAUGAAAGCCCCAUCGGUGGCGCUUCAGCAGGGGUCUCGGCAGAGCAGCAUGCCUCAUACGGGUAUGACGAUAGCGAGGUUCAGAUUAAGCCUGAUCCUGUCCAGAAUUUUCCGACUCGAAUCAACGGUGCCCAAACAGGCGGGCGUGUGUCAAUUGCCAGGGAGGAAUGGGAUAACGUGCGCAACCGACUGCGAGAAAUGGAGUCCACCAUCUCCUCACUGCGCGUGGGCCUCGAACGUGCUGAAGAAGGUCCGUCUGUGACCGGGAGCGUGCAGAGUGGCGAUGCAAGCUCCGGUGCUAAAGGUGCAUCGCCGGAACGCGAGGGAAUACAUACCACCAAUACCCUGGGCCAAGGCACCGUCCAUCUGGGCUCGCGCUCGGUCCUGGCUUAUAUCUUGAACAAUAAGUCGGGGUCCGACCAGCUGCAAACCCUAUUGGAGGACGGAAUACUGCCCAAGCUUGGGCUUGACAACGAGUCGGCAACCUACCCGUUUGUGGAUUUGUGGUCCUCGGACAUGUCGACCUUUGACAUCAGCGCCGUCUGUAGCGCACUCCCAACUGAUCAACAAUGCAGAGAAUUUUUCUAUUACUAUAAGGAUAUUGCGGGCGCGAUUUACCCUGUCCUUGAAGAUGUCCAGCAGUUCCAAAGCACCCUUGAGCUCCUUAUGCAGAACAGAACAGCCUCAGGUGGUGUUUAUAGAGAGGACGUUGACGAAGCGCAGAGUCCUUUUGGCGUGAGCAUUGCCUACCUAGGCUUAUUAUUUGCUGUCCUCGCCUCCGGCUGCCAGUCGUCUGACCUUGGAAGCAAGGAGAGGGAAUUGACUUCACAAGUUUAUGUAUGCUGCUCUUAUCAAUGCCUUCGCAUGACCAAUUUCCUGUCUCAACCAACCAUUGAAGCAAUCCAGACACUUCUGGUCAUUGGAAAUGUUUUGUCUUACAACAUGAACCCCGGAAUUUCUUACGUCCUGCUGGGCAUGACGCUUCGCAUGGGCUUGGCUCUUGGCUUGCAUGUCGAGUCGAGCAGGUUCUCGUCACUCGAACGAUAUCGGCGUCGACAUGUGUGGUGGUCCAUGGCAUGGCAAGAUAGUCAUUUCUCUCUCUCCUACGAUCGACCUUCGACAACUGCAGUCAGCCAGCCCGACAUUGCUUAUCGCGAAGGCUCAAAACCGGGUGAUUUGUCGUACUUUGAGACUCUCUCUCGAGUGAUAUCUUUGGUCUUGGAAGUUGUUCGCACUCGGAUGUUAAGCCCACAUACCCAGAUAAGUUUUGAAAGCAUCCAGGGCUACAAGGAAAGAAUUCAGAAAAUCAUGGUUGAAGCAAAGCCGCAUUUGCGAGAUGCGCAAUGGUGUACGACUUCACCCGAGCAUUUGGAACGAGUUGUGCUGAAAUUACACUCCUCAUACUUCUCUUCCGAGCUUUGUCGACCAUCACUGAAACCGAGGGUCGAUGCCAACAACGCGGAUACUGCGAGUAUGCGACGAGACUGUAUCAGCAAUCUCAUGACGACCGUGGAGGCAUAUAUCGAAAUGUACAACAUCAGCUCCCACGCAGCCCGAUCCUGGAUUGCGCUGCAGCGAGCAAUCAGUUCCGCAUUUCUCCUUGCUGUUAUCGAGGAAGCCAAGCAAGAGCCGCAGGUCUGGAGCCUUCUACGCCAGUUGGAGUCUAUCAUAGCCCAGCGUGCCAAUAACGAACGUGCCUAUGAUACCGCUGAUGUCGCUGGUACCGCUAGCAGCAUCACCUCGCCCCAGGGCAUGCCCUCCUACGACCCCAUCAUGGGGGCAACUAAUCCACCGGGUUCUGCUCAACCCAUUCUAGAUCCCACUUCACCCGCUGCAAUCAACCCCGACAAUCAAACACAAUGGGCGAAGUCGCUGGCAAAAACGCAUCGUGCUCUGCAGAAGCUUCUCACGGCAUUCGGAAACCAGCACACCCGCAGCGCGACUGGGCGUAGCCCCGUAUUCCCUCAAUCAAAUCUCAACCCGACCGCUGCCUCGGCCUCGAUGGGCAACUUCGUUCCUCCUGUGUCAGCAAGCAUGACCCCUAGCGUGGGAUCUCUUCCACCUCCGACCCCAGAGAGCUCCGGGAGCGGUGAAUGGACCAUUCCCAAUAUCCUGGACCGCGCGUCAGAGUAUAUUCAUCCGCCGCUUUGGAGUUAG